CUCGACUUUUAGUGGCAUUUUGGCCAGCUUCGUUGACGGACGUGUGAAUGCAAUAAACGACGCGCUCUGGCGUUGUAAUAUAGUAAAGCGAACUACGCGAAAAUAUAACGUACGAACGUGCCUUGUGGCAACCAAAAUACAAACACAAAAGUUACACCUGUUGAGUGAGCGCUCAGUGCAGUGAGUGAAAACGCGUGCGAAGAGAGUAGCGCAUUCGUAAGCGCAUGCGAAGCGUUUGAGCCAGUUAGUUAGUGAGCGCGCCGGCGUAACUCGCGUUGCUCAAGUUUUGAACUUUUGCUUCAGUUUCCAAAGUGUCACUGCGAGCGCAACAAUAAACAAAAGUGAUUGAUUGUAAAGAAAAACAUAAAAAUAACAACAAGUUGCAUUGCAGCUACUGCGCUUACAUAAAUUUAAACUGUGUCGGUGUGUACGAGCGCGCGCGCGCAUAAGUCAAAAGCAUAAACGGAAACGCGUUAAACGCAUUGUACGCCAAUCUGGUUGCUGGUAUAAAAACGAUAAAUUUGCGAAAAUUACGUGAAUUCGCUUUAUAGAUUUUGGCAUUUGGCUUUGUUUAGCGCGCGUCGAGCGAGCGGGUAAUUAAACGCCUCGCGACUGGUGUUGCAAGUUGCGUGCUUAAAGCAGUUUACGUUGCAACGUUGUUGUUGUUUUCACUUUUCUUGUUCACCUAUCAUUUUAUCGGCGCAAUCGGCUUGGCUUUGCCGUUAUUUCCGUUGCACUUGAAAAGAGUUUUUAAUUGAAAAAUUCCCAAAACAAAGCGCCAGCGGCAAGCAGACGCGAAAAAGUAUUUGAAGUGAAAACAAAAAAUAGAAUUUGAUUGCAAAAAUUUCAAAAAAAAUUGUAUUUACGUUUUAACAAAACACACGGAAGUUAUCAUAAAAGUGUUGCAUUGCAUUAUAUUGCAAGAAAGAAGUGUUUGAAAUCGAAAAUUCGCGAAAUGUGGCUGAAUUGUUGGAUGCUUACAGCGUUGGCGGUUUCACUGCUUGCGGUAGUGGAGGGCUCAUGGGGUUCACCAGGUGAUGGACAGUAUCACAUACAGACAGAUGAAGGACCGGAACGCUAUUUUCGCUUUCAAACGGAUAAUGGACAGUUUCGUAAGGAAAGGCGUCUACAAGACGGUACUGUUGUUGGUAAGUGCUUGCCUCUUUUAAAUCACUUUCCAUAUAUUCACAAUUUUGACCACCUUUUUUACAUUUUAGGCACUGAAGCUUGGAUAGAUGCAGCUGGAUUUUUACGCCAAAAGGACUAUAUUGCCGAUAAAGAUGGUUAUCGCAUAUUGAAGUCGAAGACUGUGUUUGUGGGUUAUAACAGACCAAUUGACGAUGCCAUCAAAUCGACCAAAUCGGUGCCGGCGCAAAAUGGUGUGCUGGUUAAUGGUCGUAAUGGACUGCGUGGACACACGAACAAUGCUUUGGAUACAGCGAAGCAAAUUGCUGUUGCAUACACAACAACUACAACACCGUUGCCGUCCAUCAUUAGCGAACCCAUCGUGCCGCACGAUCCAGCUUCGGAAGCUUACGAUGGCAAAUUAAAUUAUCUUUCCCCCGCAGAGGCGGCGAAUAUACAGCCUACAGGCAAACUAGGUUUUGAUCACUACCCCGACGAGGUACCACGUCUACUGCAGCGACAACGUGAACGCAUACAGAAACCCAUAGCCGCCCCUUAUGACACACCCGCCAGCAAUUCGCUUACAGAUUAUAAUCAAGAAGUAGCGCAAGCGCAACGUGAGGGCAGUAUUAGUGGAGCAUUACCAUUGCCCGCCCUUGAUAUGCAACCACCGUUACUUGGCAGAGGCGCCACACGCCAGCGUUUGCGUCCAAUUGCCGUUUAUGACACAACGCCAGCGCCGAUCACGGCCGCCGAAGCUAUCGGUUAUUCCACACCCACACCUUUUUCUGCCGCCAUAGCGGGUGAGAGGGCGCCGAAUACUCAAGGUUAUUACUACCAGCACUCGUCCAAACCAGUCACGCAUACGAAUGCUGCCACAACAAAUGCCUUGGAGAUCAAUCAGCUCCAAGACGGUUUACUGCCACCAUUGCCGCCGACAACACAUCGUCGACAGCGACCACCAGCUGCGAAUAGCUUAAGUGGACCCGCAGUGCCGUAUGACGGCGUUGGCGUGACAGCUAACGGUUUCCGUUAUUUCCUGCCACAUCAAUACCACGAAGAGGAGCAAUUUGCGGAUGAAAAACGUGCCGGCAGCUUUGGCUAUGUGGAUCCAUUCGGUAUACGCCGUGUGGUUUACUAUAAUGCAUCUCCGGGAAGCGGUUUCGUGCAUAGAAACAACAAUCGUUAUGUGGGUCUGGGCGGGGCACCUUACGAUGCCGUCGUCUGAUGCAGAAUAUGCAGAAAAAGUAGGCGAAAAUGAAAUAUAAACAAUGUCAAACAUAAGCGAAGCUCGCAAAUUCAAUAUUUUACGUGCGGCUGAUGUCUGUCUCACCAAACAACUCAAGAACGAACCGAUCCAAAGCAGCGAGUAACUAGCCAAAGAGUGGAUAAUGGUGUAAUGUUUUAGCAAACUCAUAAAUAUAAUAUAUAAUAGAAUAGCAAGUAUUUGAAAACAAAACUGCCGAGCACAAGUCAGUGUUGCAUACUCGUCCGUGUUUUUGCUUGCAGUUCGCUAUACUCUGCCUGACAUUGUUUGUAUUUUCAGCGAGUUCACGCAUACAAAUACCCUGUGUGUCUAUGUGUGAAAUUAUACAUAUGUGUCUGUGUUAGUUUGAUAUAUAUACUUAUAUAAUUUAAUGAAAAUGAUAAAUUAAUUAAUUUAUAUAAUUUAAAUGUCUUUUGUAACGAAUCGUAACGGCUCUAAGCUGUGUACUCAUUGUUGCGUAAAAUGGCAUCGAACGAACGAGCUAUAAUUAGUUUAACGAAAUCACAUUCAUGUAUUAAUCUUGCCAUAUUAACAAAAAAAAAAGAAUUAAAUAUAUAAACAACAAGCGACUAACAUAUUUAAUAUUAUAUUAAAAUUAAUAAUAAAUUAUUGUAAUUACAAAAAAACUCAUAUUAAAACAAAAAAUUAAAAAAUUUGUAAUUAAUAAUAAAUUAGCUCCAGCAAUAAGUGCAAUAGAACUGCAAAAAAGUAGUUAAAAUAAUUUAUUUUAGCUUUCUUUUCAUAGCCGUAGAGUGAACGUAAUUAAUAAUAUUAUUUAAUUAUUAUUAAUUUUUUUAAUUAAAUAUAUUUGCAUUAAACUUUUAUUUAAACAAUUUUUUUUUAGUUUUUUAUCAAUUAUAUUUGCAUUUAAUUUUUAUUUCAAAAUUUAUUUAAAUUUUUAUCAAUUAUUUUUGUAUUUAUUAAUUUUUUUUCCAAUUUUUCAUAUAUUUAAUUGACACAACAGUGCAUAUUAUAAUGUCUUGUAAUCUUGUGCGUAUUAACCUGUGGAUGUUAUGAAACAACAGCGAUUGAAUAAUGUGUGACGAAUGUGUUUUUGUAAUUAUGCACAUAAUUUCCUUAAAUAUUGUACAUACUAAAAAAAUAUAUAUGCAUAUGUAGGUAUAUGUAGACAUUUUCUCCCCAAAAUUCCUGAUCAAUAGUUGUUUAUUGCAAUUUUUUUUUAAUCUCGCAUUUUAAUAAGCUCUUCUCUUUAACAGCCGAUCUACUCACAAAUUAAAUUAAAUCAUUGAAUAAAAUAACUUAUUAUGUCAUAUGUAUGUAUGUAUGUAGUUUAUGUAAAUGUGUAAUGAACGUCCGUUGCCGGGAAACUGUCUUUGUGAGAAAAUGCUGCAGGAGAAAUAUACUCGUACAUGUGUGUAAAUGCUAUAAUAAAUAUUGUGUAAUUAAAAAUUAA